GGAAGCGGGUUUUAAGGCCUUUUCAGCGGGGAAUAAUUCCUGUUCCUGCAUACUUAACGAUAAGCUUAACCUCCAAGCUCAACAGGUAGUGGUUAGGGGGCUCGGCACGGGUGCUGUUGAAUUUCGGCUGCGCCAUCCCUUCUGCUGCACGUCGUCGCAUCCCUCCCAUCUCCCCCAGAAACUUUUUCCUACGGAUGGCGUCCCUCCCUCCUUACCUCCCCACCGUUUGCUAGAAGUCGUUGAGACUUUAUGCUACAUCCGGAACCCUCUGUCGAGCCCCUUCACCUCACGCCAUGGUCCAUCGCACUGACUCAAUCAUGAAUGGAACCACUCGAGUCAACGGCGUAAACGGCAACUCCAAAGAUGCGUCCCUACAAGCCCUCAAAGCGUCGCGCAGAGCCUCCUCUCCCAUGGCUCCUCCUUUUAUGACCUCUGCUCCUGGAAAGGUUAUUGUUUUUGGCGAGCAUGCCGUUGUUCACGGAAAAGCAGCAAUGGCUGCGGCCAUUUCUCUACGAUCCUACCUCCUUGUCACCACACUCUCAAAGUCGCAACGCACAAUUACCCUCACGUUUCCAGAUAUAGGCCUUGACCAUACAUGGAACAUCAGUGAUCUCCCGUGGCACGUCCUCAGCAAGAAUGGCCGAAAGCCUCGAUACUAUGACAUGGUUACGACGCUGGAUCCUGAGCUGGUCGAGGCCAUGCAACCGCAUAUUGAUGAAGUGUCACCACAUGUCAGUCUGGACAAGAGGAAACGGCAUCAAGCGGCAGCGUCUGCUUUUCUAUACCUCUUCCUCUGUUUGAGUGCUCCCACAGCUCCUGCCUGCAUAUACACACUUCGAUCCACGUUACCCAUUGGCGCAGGACUGGGCUCGAGCGCCAGCAUUUGCGUUUGUAUCAGCGCGGCCCUACUGAAGCAAAUACACGUCCUUUCAGGUCCCCAUCACGACCAACCGGAGGAGGAGGUCGACCUGCAACUGGAAAGAAUAAACAAGUGGGCAUUCGUUGGUGAACUAUGUAUUCAUGGUAAUCCCAGUGGUGUUGACAACACUGUUGCGACCAGGGGAAGAGCUGUGCUUUUCAGAAGGGUUGACUAUUCAAAACCACCCACCGCCACGCCUCUGAAAGACUUCCCAGAGCUGCCACUGCUCUUAGUCAACACAAAACAGCCUCGUUCAACCUCGGUUGAGGUCGCGAAGGUUGCUACCAUGAGAAAGAAAUACCCUGCAGUAACCGAGGCUACGCUGGACAGUAUCGACGAGGUCACCAUAUCAGCACAUUCACUGAUCACGUCAGACAACUUCGAUCCAGUAUCCGAAAAGAACAUUGAGCAUCUUGGGGAUCUCUUCAGAAUCAAUCACGGUCUCUUGGUCUCCUUGGGCGUCUCACAUCCUAAACUUGAACAUAUCCGAGAACUAGUCGAUUAUGCCGAUAUCGGUUGGACCAAACUUACAGGAGCCGGUGGAGGUGGUUGUGCUAUAACGCUGCUCAAACGGGAUGUGGACGAAGAAUCACUCCGCAACCUGAUGGCUAGAUUUGAGGCUGCAGGCUUCGAAGAGUACAAGACUACCUUGGGUGGCAGCGGCGUGGGGAUCCUCUACCCAGCCGUCCUGCGUAAUGGCUCCGACGAAGCAGGCGGGGACGAAAUCGACCAGCAAAAGUUCCUCAACGCGGAAGGCGAAGAAGGCAUCGAAGCUUUGGUGGGUGUCGGACUUCUGGAGCGAAGACCGGAAUGGAAAUUUUGGCAAUGAUGGCCUGUAAUUGACUAAUGAACGUGCUAUGAGCGAUGGCGUCUGGAAGCAGCAUGUAACAGGAUGGUCAUCUGGCUUGCAGGUGGUCAAAAGCGUGCUGUAUAUUAUUACUUUGCUUGUUGUCUUAAUAUGGAUGGAGUUCUUCAACUACAGCCACCGAGCCAUCAAGGACCUUUCUUAGAAAAGAUGGCACCGUAUAACAGGGAGUACAUCAACGAUAUGAAUUGAAAGUUCUGCAGGUUCGCGACAAUGGGUUCCUUGACAGCAAGCCAGUAGGGAUGCACGAUGGCGUUGAUGACCUCGCUUCUGACAAUGCUUUAAAGCUCUAUCGUUGUGUGCGAAGGACUUCGAGACGACAAUAAGACACAAUACCUACUUGCACCUGACGAGCGACACUGGUGAGACCGUGCCACUUUUUCCGGAAAC